AUGACCUUUAUGUGUUCAUCUUUUCUAUAUACGCAUCCUCAUCUCUCAAUUAUCUUUUUCGAUCCACUCACCUCCAUCCCAACCCUUCUACUUGUCAAUCCACUCAUCUCCAUCCCAACACUUCUACUUGUUAAUCCACUAACCUCCAUCCCAACCCUUGUACUUUUCAAUCCACUCACCUCCAUCCCAACCCUUCUACUUUUCAAUCCACUCACCUCCAUCCCAACCCUUCUACUUUUCAAUCCACUCACCUCCAUCCCAACCCUUCUACUUUUCAAUCCACUCACCUCCAUCCCAACCCUUCUACUUUUCAAUCCACUCACCUCCAUCCCAACCCUUCUACUUUUCAAUCCACUCACCUCCAUCCCAACCCUUCUACUUUUCAAUCCACUCACCUCCAUCCCAACCCUUCUACUUUUCAAUCCACUCACCUCCAUCCCAACCCUUCUACUUGUCAAUCCACUCACCUCCAUCCCAAUCCUUCUAUUUUUCAGUCCACGCAACUCUAUCCCAACCAUUCUACUUGUCAAUCCACUCAUCUCCAUCCCAACACUUCUACUUGUUAAUCCACUAACCUCCAUCCCAACCCUUCUACUUUUCAGUCCACGCAACUAUAUCCCAACCCAUCUACUUGUCAAUCCACUCACCUCCAUCCCAACCCUUCUACUUUUCAAUCCACUCACCUCCUUCCCAACCCUUCUACUUGUCAAUCCACUCACCUCCAUCCCAAUCCUUCUACUUUUCAAUCCACUCACCUCCUUCCCAACCCUUCUACUGGUCAAUCCACUCACCUCCAUCCCAACCCUUCUACUUGUCAAUCCACUCACCUCCAUCCCAAUCCUUCUAUUUUUCAGUCCACGCAACUCUAUCCCAACCAUUCUACUUGUCAAUCCACUCAUCUCCAUCCCAACACUUCUACUUGUUAAUCCACUAACCUCCAUCCCAACCCUUCUACUUUUCAGUCCACGCAACUAUAUCCCAACCCAUCUACUUGUCAAUCCACUCACCUCCAUCCCAACCCUUCUACUUUUCAAUCCACUCACCUCCUUCCCAACCCUUCUACUUGUCAAUCCACUCACCUCCAUCCCAAUCCUUCUACUUUUCAAUCCACUCACCUCCUUCCCAACCCUUCUACUGGUCAAUCCACUCACCUCCAUCCCAACCCUUCUACUUGUCAAUCCACUCACCUCCAUCCCAAUCCUUCUAUUUUUCAGUCCACGCAACUCUAUCCCAACCAUUCUACUUGUCAAUCCACUCAUCUCCAUCCCAACACUUCUACUUGUUAAUCCACUAACCUCCAUCCCAACCCUUCUACUUUUCAGUCCACGCAACUAUAUCCCAACCCAUCUACUUGUCAAUCCACUCACCUCCAUCCCAACCCUUCUACUUUUCAAUCCACUCACCUCCUUCCCAACCCUUCUACUUGUCAAUCCACUCACCUCCAUCCCAAUCCUUCUACUUUUCAAUCCACUCACCUCCUUCCCAACCCUUCUACUGGUCAAUCCACUCACCUCCAUCCCAACCCUUCUACUUGUCAAUCCACUCACCUCCAUCCCAAUCCUUCUAUUUUUCAGUCCACGCAACUCUAUCCCAACCAUUCUACUUGUCAAUCCACUCAUCUCCAUCCCAACACUUCUACUUGUUAAUCCACUAACCUCCAUCCCAACCCUUCUACUUUUCAGUCCACGCAACUAUAUCCCAACCCAUCUACUUGUCAAUCCACUCACCUCCAUCCCAACCCUUCUACUUUUCAAUCCACUCACCUCCUUCCCAACCCUUCUACUUGUCAAUCCACUCACCUCCAUCCCAAUCCUUCUACUUUUCAAUCCACUCACCUCCUUCCCAACCCUUCUACUGGUCAAUCCACUCACCUCCAUCCCAACCCUUCUACUUGUCAAUCCACUCACCUCCAUCCCAAUCCUUCUAUUUUUCAGUCCACGCAACUCUAUCCCAACCAUUCUACUUGUCAAUCCACUCAUCUCCAUCCCAACACUUCUACUUGUUAAUCCACUAACCUCCAUCCCAACCCUUCUACUUUUCAGUCCACGCAACUAUAUCCCAACCCAUCUACUUGUCAAUCCACUCACCUCCAUCCCAACCCUUCUACUUUUCAAUCCACUCACCUCCUUCCCAACCCUUCUACUUGUCAAUCCACUCACCUCCAUCCCAAUCCUUCUACUUUUCAAUCCACUCACCUCCUUCCCAACCCUUCUACUGGUCAAUCCACUCACCUCCAUCCCAACCCUUCUACUUGUCAAUCCACUCACCUCCAUCCCAAUCCUUCUAUUUUUCAGUCCACGCAACUCUAUCCCAACCAUUCUACUUGUCAAUCCACUCAUCUCCAUCCCAACACUUCUACUUGUUAAUCCACUAACCUCCAUCCCAACCCUUCUACUUUUCAGUCCACGCAACUAUAUCCCAACCCAUCUACUUGUCAAUCCACUCACCUCCAUCCCAACCCUUCUACUUUUCAAUCCACUCACCUCCUUCCCAACCCUUCUACUUGUCAAUCCACUCACCUCCAUCCCAAUCCUUCUACUUUACAAUUCACAUACCUCCAUCCUUACCUUCUACUUUACAAUCCACGCACCUCCAUCCUUACCUUCUACUUUUCAAUUCACACACCUCAAUCCUUACCUUCUAAUUUCCAAUCCACGCACCUCCAUCCUUACCUUCUAA